GGAAAGCAAAAAGCACGUGCAAGAGAAGGAAAUUAGGACCCGUCUGGUGCCAAAGGUUGAAGGCAAAUGAUUAGUUACAGCCAAGCACGUUUGUGUUGACCCAGUGUCUCUCACAGAGGCCUUGUAGACACAAGAAGAAUAAGGGUGAGGAAGCAAUGAAAACCUCGCAGACUAAGGACAGUGAGUAGUUGGAGGCAGGAGAUUUGCUUCUCCUGGGCUCCCCUGGGCAAGUGGAGUGAAUCCAGCAGAGGCCACAGAGAUGGCAACCUGUGCUGACCCUGGAGGUAGCCAGACAGUCUCCAAAGUUCCCUCAGGAUUAUGCUGUGAGGGACAGCACAAGGACACCCUAAGGAGGAGUAUCAAGAGCUCUCUGUUCCCUGUGGAUCCCUUAGUGGCAUGUGUGGACCUUUUGGCUGGGGAGGCUUUGAACCCACCUCCUCAAGGGAAAAGAAACACGAGUUCUUUGUGGACAUGACUUGCGAAGGCUGCUCCAAGGCGGUCACCCGUGUCCUGGACAGGCUGGGAGGUGUCCAGUUUGAUAUUGACCUGCCCAACAAGAAGGUGUUCAUCGACUCGGAGCACAACGUUGACACCCUGUUGGAAACCCUGAAGAAGACUGGAAAGAACACUUCCUACCUCGGGGAGAAGUCUGCACAGUAGCCUUGCCUGGUGUGAGGAGGUUAGGCAUAUACCAGGUGUAUCCAAUGUGGAAGAGAGAAAGCUGAGCUUUUUCCAGCUCUCCCAGUUAAACAGGCUUCUUCCUGGGAAACACAAAUGAAAAAAGACCUGCAGAUCCAGCUUCAGCAAACCCCUCAUACCAGAGAAGCAGCUGGACCACACACAGCCAGCACCAUUUCUGUGUGGGACCCCCUUAGCUACGCUGCAAAGCCCAUCUGUAGUGGAGAGGUAGAACGCAGCCUCUCUGCCAUCUCCAGGUGAACCUGGAGUUUGCCAGAGCAUAUCAUGCAUGAAAACAAAUCCCAAAGAUGUUCAACAGCUGACCAGAGAGAGUGGUGGGCCUCAACAAUAGCAGGGAGAGUGAUGGGACACAAAGAGCCCUGUGGGUAUGUGGUGUGGUGGGUUGGUGCUUAGCACAAGGACCUCCAACAGCUGAUUCUCCUGAUAACGCUGUUAAUCCUCCACUAAACUCAGGGAUGGAAAAACAGCAGCACCCUGGCACCCUCAUGGAUGUAAAAUGUUGGGGUUUGAAUAGCUCCCAGUGCACAAAGCCCCUGGCCAGCUGGACAUCUGUCCCAGUGACAACCUGAUUGUUGCAGCCUGUCGGUUUUCCCAGAGUUCCAGUGCUAUGAGGACGUGUACAAAACUCUCCUGACUGUAAAAUAUUUUUGCAGACAAGGUUUAAUUUCAGUGAAAGAGAAUAAAGUGGGAGGAGGGGGGCUGCCCACUCACUGCAUGUGCUGUUCUUUAGUGUGCAAGGUUAUUAAAUUGCAUCUCUUAA